AACUCGGACUGGCCUGUUCAACUUGACUAUCUUGAGUAAUUUUGUACCAUCAACAAACUUUGCCACAUCAAUGUUUACCCCUUUGAGUUCAUUUAUGAAGCUGAUGAACAGGACUGGCCCAAUUCACAUCUCUGUGGGAAAGUAAGGCAGUGCUCCCCAGUAUGCCACUGAGGCAGGAAGGAGACAGCUGCCUGGGGCUCCCCGCUAUAGAAGUAGGUGUGGUGCAUUGACAGCCUAGCAGGCUGGUGAAAGGAGUUGGUUGGCUGGAGGCACCCUCUCCCACUCCGGUUGGGACUGCUCCAGCCCCAAGGUCGGGGUGGGCAAAAGGGCCUUGGUGGGUCCGAUCCAGCCUGCCAAGCGAGUUGAUCUGGCCUGCAGAGGCCCUACCACUCCCCCCAUUCCCAGGCCAACUAGGAUGGGCAAGGUGAGAAGAUGCACUGCCGUUACCACACCCUGGCAGCCCGGGGCCAACCCGGAGGUGUGCUACCAUGAUCUGGGGCCAGUCCCAGAGGCACCACUACUGCACCCAGGCAGCCUAGGGCCAGCCAUGGAGGUGCUGUGGCAGCAGCACCUCCAGCCUCCUAAGCCGGCUCCAGACCGAGUGUCUGCGGUAGCGCACCUCCGGGGCCGGCCCUGUUGAGGAGCCUCAACCACAGCACUACUUCCUCUCCAGAGGCUGCAUGGGAGGAGGAGGGACAGGGCUGAGCUCCUUCCCUGCGGCACACACCAGUUAGGGGGUGGAGCCUAGACUUGCCUAGUGGGCUGGAUCAAAGCCCAAGGAGGGCCAGAUUUAGCCCUCUGAGAGACUUUUGUCCACCCCUGCUCUAGAAGCAUGCUGCUUAUGAAACUUACAAAGAAGUGAAAAUAGGAUUAUUGAAUGGAAUGUGUCGUGCAUUGGGAGGCUAUUUCUACAUUUUUCUUCAAAAGUUCCUGUCACUGCUAAUUUUGGCAUAGCUCUGCUGAAGGAAGCAAUAGUAUAAAUGCAGUUUCAGGUGGUUACCAACAUUUUAACCAGUGGCUAAACCUGUUAAGAGUUGGUAUGCAUAGCAUGGAGGUUUUGUGCUUCUGACUGCUUUUCUCCAGAAUGCUCCCAUGGUUGCUACAAGUAUGGCACUGCAAUUGUGUAACUUUUUUCAGAAAAUAACUAUGUGGAUAAGAUCUUAUAGGCUUCAUCUUAAAUCAUGAAAGUUAUCAAAUAAUUUCCAAGUUCCCCACAUUUAUUUAGUAUACCAAAGUAUAUCUACUUCUGGAGGAAAGGUACAAAAGGUAAAAUCCAGGAGAUUAUUUGAUUUGAUUAUUGGUAUGGUCUUCAGAGCAAAACAGAUCCUGAGGAAACUGUUGGAUAAAUAUAAGAUCUGUUAUAUCAGUAGCACAGAAGGGGGACUGUGUCUGAGAGCUUUCCUACCUGCUGAGGUACAAUUUUUUGGUUCUUUGUUUUUUGUUUAAAAAGUUUGCUGGUACCCAAGAGGAUACUGCUUUUAUACAGUGAGGUUUUUUUUCUUCCUAUAACUGGAGUAUAAACUUUUUUAAAUAUUUGAUUAAUUUCAGCUUUAAAAAUGAAUAAUUGUGUGUCCUAAAUCCUGCUAAUGUGUGGUUUUUCCUUGGUGAUAUUUCCCUAAUAAGAAUAAAAUACCAUUUUUGAGAGAGAAUACUUACAUAACUAAUUUUAUGUGCAAAUUUCUUUUGUACAUGCUGUGGACACAGGUGUGGAUAAAAUACAAUCUCAUGAUUUGACCAAAAAGAUAGAUAAUCUACAUCUGUUAAUUUCAAUAUUUUGAAAAACUAUUUUUUUUCUCCUUUUAGGCGGUCUGCAAAUUUAGUUAAGCUGAUACCACUGAUACUCUGAUUCCAAACAAGAUGAGCACAUUGUCAUUACUGCGAAGAUUACCUCACUAUCGUUUUCUUAGAAAGACUUCUUUCAAAAGCUUCCACUCAAAUUCCACUCCUGGAUCACUAUUUCCAUAUUGUCAAUCUUUUAAUUCAGUAUGCCUGUGUUAUACAAAGCGGAUGUUGCCACCAAGUGAUUUGAAAAGAUGGCUGUGUUAUCAAGCAACUGUAGACCAACGAACACAGGGACUUUGUGUCAAGGAACAGAGACUUGUAGACAGACUUUACAGUGGAUUAAUCCAAGGGCACAGAGCCUGCUUGGCAGAGGCCAUUACCCUCGUAGAAUCAACUCAGAGCAGGAAAAAGGAGAUAGCGCAGGUGCUCAUUCAGAAGGUAUUAUCCUACCACAGAGAACAAGAAAAGUUAAAUAAAGGAAAACCACUAGCCUUUAGAGUGGGAUUGUCUGGUCCCCCUGGUGCUGGGAAAUCAACAUUUAUAGAAUGCUUUGGGAAAAUGCUUACAGAGAGGGGACACAAAGUGUCUGUGCUGGCUGUGGACCCUUCCUCUAGCACAAGUGGUGGCUCACUCUUGGGUGAUAAAACACGGAUGACUGAGCUGUCAAGGGACAUGAAUGCUUACAUCAGACCAUCUCCAACCAGGGGAACAUUAGGUGGUGUGACUAGGACCACAAAUGAAGCUAUCCUGCUGUGUGAGGGAGGAGGCUAUGACAUCAUUCUAGUAGAAACAGUAGGUGUGGGGCAAUCGGAGUUUGCUGUUGCUGAUAUGGUUGAUAUGUUUGUUUUGCUAUUACCACCAGCAGGAGGAGAUGAGUUACAGGGUAUUAAACGGGGUAUAAUUGAGAUGGCAGAUCUCGUUGCUGUAACUAAAGCUGAUGGGGAUUUAGUUGUGCCUGCACGUCGAAUACAAGCAGAAUAUGUUAGUGCUAUGAAACUACUUCGCAAGCGUUCUAAGGUUUGGAGACCAAAGGUAAUGCGCAUCUCUGCUAAAACUGGAGAAGGCAUUUCAGAUAUGUGGGAUAAGAUGAUGGAAUUUCAUGACCUCAUGCUUACAAGUGGUGAGUUGAUCACCAAACGACGAAAACAGCAGAAAGUGUGGAUGUGGAACCUAAUCCAAGAAAAUAUGCUGGACCAUUUUCGGAGUCAUUUGGCAGUGAGGGAUAAGAUUCCACUUUUAGAAGAAAAGGUUCUCAGUGGUGUGUUGGCUCCAGGGCUGGCAGCAGACCUAUUGCUGAAAGCAUUCAAAGAUGGACUUUAAGAUACCAUGUUCUACUGUGUCCACUGAUCAAUUUGCACAAAUUAUUUAAACAUUAAAUACACUUUUCCUAAGCAAGGUUUCAGAUUUUUAUUGCUGCAACAUACUUGCACAGACAAUUUAUUUUCUGACUCAGGCAAAGAUAAUACACAUGGGGAACAAAACUAGGUUCUGGGACUACAGGUUGAACCUCUCUAGUCCAGCACCCUCGGGACGUGACUGGUGCUGAACCAGAGAAUUGGUUGAACCCACAGGAGGUUAGUAUUAUCUGGCAGCAUUACUAACAUUUCCACUGCUUUUUGGGUCCUUAGAAGACAUUUAGUGGUAAAUUAAAACUAAAUAACAGCACAG